AUCAAAAUAAAAUCAAAAUCUUAAAACCCCUACGAGGUCUCAUAGCCGCGUUCCUACCACCACCACAACCGCCGCCGGAGCCGGCGACGCUAGACCUUCCGAUUAAACAUACAGGUGCGAAUGGAGCUGGGAGCUAGUAUCAAGGGUUUAAAUCUCAAUGCUACGACGCCGUAUCUCACCCCGUUAAACCACAUACAAUCCCGAAAUCUGUGCAGUAACCGCGCCUCCUCAUACACCUCCUUCCGCGCUAAUCGGCGUCCCGUAUGGACAGCAUCUGUUAAGGAGAAUAUUCGCGCAACGGAAUCGGUAUCCGAGGUGAAAAUGGUGCCUGCUGCUGAUAAUUCAUUGGAUGUUGAGCUUUCAAGUUUGACAGCUUUGUGUCCAUUGGAUGGGCGUUAUUGGGCCAAAGUGAAGGAUUUAGCACCUUUUAUGAGUGAAUUUGGCCUUAUUAAGUACCGAGUUCUAGUUGAGAUUAGGUGGUUGUUGAAGCUCUCUCAAAUGUCCCAAGUGCCUGAGGUCCCGAGCUUCUCUGGAGAAGCUGAGUCGUAUCUUGAAAAUAUAAUCGAUCAGUUUAACAUAAAUGAUGCCUUGGAAGUGAAGAAGAUUGAGAGAGUGACUAAUCAUGAUGUGAAGGCUGUUGAAUACUUUCUGAAACAAAGAUGCCAAUCGCAUCCGGAAAUAUCUAAGGUGCUUGAGUUUUUCCAUUUUGCAUGCACAUCUGAAGACAUUAAUAAUUUGGCUCACGCAUUGAUGUUGAAAGAAGCUCUCGACAAUGUUAUUCUACCUGUCAUGGACAAAUUGAUCGCAGCAAUUUGCGACAUGGCCACUGCUAAUGCUUCUAUUCCCAUGCUUUCUCGAACUCAUGGACAGCCAGCUUCACCCACAACACUAGGGAAGGAGAUGGCUAUCUUUGCUUACAGGUUAAGCAGAGAACGGAAGGAAUUAGCUCAAGUUGAAAUUUUGGGGAAGUUUGCUGGAGCUGUUGGAAACUACAACGCUCAUCUAGUUGCAUAUCCUGAGGUUAAUUGGCCUCAAAUUGCUGAGGAUUUUGUGACUUCUCUUGGUAUAAGUUUCAAUCCUUAUGUGACUCAGAUUGAACCCCACGACUACAUGGCAAGACUUUUCAAUACUAUCAUUCAGUUCAACAACAUUUUAGUCGACUUUGAUAGAGAUGUUUGGGGAUACAUUUCUCUGGGUCACUUCAAGCAGACACUCAAGGCUGGUGAGAUUGGGUCUUCGACAAUGCCUCACAAAGUCAAUCCUAUUGACUUCGAAAAUAGUGAAGGCAAUUGUGGGAUUGCAAAUGGGGACUUGUCACAUUUAAGCACAAAAUUGCCUAUUUCCCGCUGGCAGCGAGACUUGACUGAUUCAACUGUUCUGAGGAACAUGGGUGUAGGAUUAGGACACUCUCUUCUCGCUUACAAAAGCGCGAUACAGGGAAUUUCUAAACUCCAGGUCAACGAAGCUUCCUUGACUGCUGACUUGGACCAGUCAUGGGAGGUGCUUGCCGAGCCAAUACAAACUGUAAUGCGAAGAUAUGGUGUUCCAGAGCCGUAUGAGAAACUGAAGGAGCUAACUAGAGGAAGAACAGUGACUAAGGAAAACAUAAAGAAAUUCAUCGAAGGACUGGAUAUACCCAUCGAAGCAAAGACGAUUCUCUUGGAUUUGACCCCGCAUACUUAUGUUGGGGCGGCAGUUGAAUUGGCCAAGAACUUGGACACAGUUACGAACUUGGUGAAUGGAGCUAAGGUCGUUUUGUGAGUUUGUGUGACCAACCUCAUUUGGUAGAUGAGAUUUGACUUGUAGAAUUCCAAAAUUUUGACAUUAUUCGAGUUGUACCUCGUUUGAGCAAUCUUGUUCGUCUUGCUUGCAACUGAUACAAUGUUGUCGUGUGUACCAUUUGUAUUAUGAUUAGCUUAUUGACUUUUAUCCA